AUGGCGCGUGGUGUCAUCCAGAGGAAAAUGCAUCAAAAAUUAGCUGAUGGACAAGGAGAUGUAUUAGAGCUUACUAUCGAGGCAUUCUGCCGCAGGAAGGGGCAGCCGGAGCCUCCGGCCACCACUCCGCAGACUCCUACCACCCAGCCGAUUCAGCCGCCUCCUACCACCACCCAGCCCAUUCAGCCUCCUGUUCAGCCACCUCCUGCCCCCACGAGGCCGAUUCAGCCUCCUACCCCAACUCCCAUAAAGAAUGGACCAUGGGGCGGAACAACGAGUGACAAACUUCAUCAUUUCAACCCAAACAUGUCUGUAGGCCUAAAGAGUGUGACAUUCAUCUAUUAUCAUGCUGUUAAUGGACUUCGUUUCAAUUAUACCGGCAAAGAUGGCUAUGAAAACUCCAGCGAACUUUUUGGUAAUAACGGCCAUGGCCCCGACGCUAAAAGGCAAACAGUUCAUCUAGGCCCUAGGGAGUUCGUGACGGAGCUGUCAGGAACACACCAACAUGAAAGAAGAUCAAAUAAUAUUGCAAUAUAUUGCCUUAAGCUGGUCACCAACCUCGGCAAAACUUAUGGACCUUUCGGAAGUGCCAACAUAGGCGCCGCUUUCAGGUUUUCCGUGCCUCCAAACAGCAAAAUUGUCGGCUUCAUUGGGGGAUCUACCGGUUACGCCGUCAAUUCAAUUGGUGCCUACACGCUCGAAAAUUCUGCUUAG